GGCAUUGGGGGGUUAAGUGUCACGGCUGUCUGUUCACCACGGGCUGUCGCGUCCAGGAGUUGGGGAACACUGCACUGACUUACAGAAGUUACUGACAAGAGCAGGAAUACGGAGAGCAUCGUUUCAGGACUCCCCGUGAAAGUAGAGGGGUGGGGGGAGGACUUGAUCAGACUUUCUCGUCGAUGUUGUCACAGGGAGGGGCUGGGGAAACCAAACGGGAGGCUGAGUCUUAAACGCGCACAGCCGCCUGUGCCUCUCGGGGGCAGAAACGGCUGCCCGCGCAGUGGGGAACCCGCCGCCCAGGGAAAUCACUCCUGGCCUGGGGCGCUGAACCGUCAGCCGACAACCGAGAAGGUCUUAGUUCAUUCCGCGCAGGGGUGCGCCGACAGAGCCGGUCGGGCUCGCCUCUCUCUCCAUUACUCAAAAGGCAGUAGAGCAGUUCACUGCCUGUAUACUGCCCGGGAGAGAACAGCCAGACUAAGCCGGGUCUCGCCGAGAGGUGACAGUUCUUUGAAGCAUGCAGUUCAGGAAUCUGCCUAGCUGAGUGAAUUUCGUCUAAAUCCAGGAUGUCCCGCCAAGCUAGGCUGUGGCGCGUCUGCCGAGGAGGGAGCUUCUGGAGAUCUCUCUGCUGUCUGACUGUUGUCGUGAGCUGUCUUGGCCACACAGUGUCGGGCUGCUCAGACUGCUCAGAAACUCUAACUGGCCUUUCGGGUCAGUUCUCAUCCCCAUGUCACCCCAAAACCUAUGACCCAAACUUAGACUGUAAGUGGACUAUCCUCGCCCCCACUGGAUUUAUCAUACAGCUGACUUUCCAAGACUUCAACUUAGAGGAGUCCCAAGGAUGCCCAUAUGACUUUGUCGCGAUCGAGACCGGGGCAGAAAAGAUAAAAUUUUGUGGAGUCACAGCUAAAGGUCACACGUUGAACUCUACAAAGAAUGAAAUGAUUGUCGAAUUCAAGACUGACUUUAGCAUCCAAAAGAGUGGCUUCUUGGCGACGUACAGACGAGUGGCGGUCUCACUGCGCAAUCAGAAGGUGGUGUUGGAGAAGUCACCUAAACAGCAGGAUAUUUCAGUCUCUCCCUCGGUCUCGAUCCCGGACCUGGAACAGUUCACUGUGUGCCUGGAGGCCAAGUCAACAACCGCGAAGAAUAAAUGGGUUCUCUUCUCGUACCUGGGCACCGGUAAACAGGUGCUGAUUAAUUUCAGCAGCACGGCGAGUGGCAUUGUCCUGGAGAUCUCCGGUGUGGAGUGCCACGUGAGCAAGCUCUGGGAGGACAAUUUCUCUGGCAAGGCUUUCGUGGGCAGUUGGCGUCAACUGUGCAUCUCGUGGGAUGGCACCUCAGGUGACAUUAUCACCCAAACAAGUAACAGAUACCAGCUCAACCACUGUCCAGGUUCCAGGGGAAAAAAAAUCGCAGGCAAGGGCUCCCUCUCACUGGCACCGAAGCAAGGCAGAACAACCUUCUCCGGCCAGCUCUACAACUUCCGCCUCUGGAAUUUUACCAUGCCCGGACAGUCACUGCUGACCUUGCCGUGUGACGAAAUGGGCAACGUGGUGGACUGGGUGAACUCCGACUGGAACAUCCCUACCUCAAUGUUGGAAGCAGACAGUGACCUAAGUUGUGCCUCCAAACUGCCUGCUACGCCAACUAUCGGACCUACGUGCUCAUCCUUGGGAUCGGCAUGCCAAGCAACCACCUCACCAGCUAACUACAACACCCCCACCACUAACAUCCACACCACUAACAGUGUUGACCCCUCGCCUAAUGGCACAGAUACUCCGCGCAUUGAAGUCACCACGCAUGGACCCCGGGAGAGCACAGAGUCAAGUGGAGUGUUCUACAGGACGCAGUUUACGCUGUACUCUCAGAUCACUAGAGAUCCAGACAACCUUAAGAACUAUGUAUUAAUGUGGCUCACCAGGUCAUUUCAGGAUUGGAAUUACACUGUGCACGUCGUAUCUGUCAGCAUAUCUGAACUCAACACAACCUCAUCAGUCCCGAUCACAAAAAGAUCAGCAAGAUUAGCAAGAUCAAUCAAUGACAAGCGUUAUCACUGCGAGGCCAUUCUUCAUCACAACGUCACCAAAAUUUACCUGGAGGGAAGUGUGGUCCAGGAGAGACUGAUGAACAGAUCUUCUCUCAUUGGGAACAACCUGUCCAUUGACGACAUCAUCGUUCAACCCAUGGUGAACUGUUCUGCUGAUGAAAACCCCAGUCAAUACAAGUGGACGGAGACCAGACCAAGCAACAUUCAGGUCCUGUCCUGCCUGUCAAAUCGAGGCCUGUACGCAAGCAGGAAAUGCACUUUAAACGUGCAGAAUUACACGUCCUACUGGGAGCCACCUGACCUGAGCAACUGUUCCAUCAGCCCCAACUUCAACGUCAGUGACCUCCCGGUGGUGACUGCAGACAACGCAGCUGAAGUGGCCAACCAGCUCCUGGACCUCUCUGCGGACAAGAGUCUGACUCGGGAGGAGGUGGACCAGCUGGUGGAGAAGCUGAGUCAGAUCGUCAUCAUGUCCGAGAUCAACUCGUCCCUGGCAUCCACUGUGCUGACAGUUCUGUCCAAUAUCCUUUCCAGUUCGGACAACGCACUCACCACAUCCUCCCAAGUGGCCCUGAGGACUGUGGACGCAUUGACUGCCAAGAUGAUCUUCAGCGGCCCAUCGGUGAGCAUCACCACCCCCAACCUGGCCAUUGGGAUCUCCGCCAUCGACUUUCAGACGUACAAUGGGACCUCCUUCAGCAUUGCGUCCCAGGUUGGAGAGGAGUCCGAGCUAGAGGUUACUUUAGACGGGAAACCACCGAGCGAUGCCCUGGCUGAAAUCAAGCUUCCUGUCAGCAUCUUUGAGCGGUUGACAGCAGAAGAGAUCAGUAUGGUGUCCAGGGCUCAGUUUGCCUUCUUCAGUAGGACAGGACUGUUCCAGGACCCGCGUGAAUUCUCCCUGCAAAGCUUCGUGGUGGCGGGCAGCAUGGGGAACAUAACCAUCAGCAACCUGUCCGAACCCGUCAGCAUCCGCAUCAAGCACAGGAACCCUAAGGGGAGUUUUAAGCCGCUCUGUGCCUUCUGGGAUUUGACACUGAACAAUGAGAGCGGUGGGUGGAGCACCGAAGGGUGUACGACUGAUCCAAGGGUCAACGAAACCAUCUGCCUGUGCAACCAUCUGACCCACUUUGGAAUCUUGCUGGACAUCUCAGGAACAGCCCAACAGAUCGAUCCGACUAACAGCAAGAUCCUGACCUUCAUCACUCACAUCGGAUGUGGGAUCUCUGCUAUCUUCUCAGCGACCACACUCCUUACAUACGUGGCCUUUGAGAAACUGCGUCGCGACUAUCCCUCGAAGAUCCUGAUGAAUCUCAGUGCCUCGCUCUUCUUUCUGAACUUCACCUUCUUGAUCAACGGCUGGCUGGCCUCGUUCGACAUUACUGGGCUGUGCAUCGCUGUGGCCGCAUUGCUCCACUUCUUCCUGCUGGCCUCCUUCACCUGGAUGGGCCUGGAGGCCGUCCACAUGUACAUCGCCCUGGUCAAAGUCUUCAACACCUACAUCAGGAAGUACAUGCUCAAGUUCUGCAUCAUUGGGUGGGGACUGCCGGCACUGGUUGUGGUCAUUGUCCUGGCAAUCAAAAGGAGCUUCUACAGCAUGUUGCUGUACGGCAAGGAUGUCGAAGGCAGUGGCGCCUCAGAGUUCUGCUGGAUGGACAAUGCCAUCGUCUUCUACGUGACCUGCGUCUGCUACUUUGCGGUCCUCUUUCUGAUGAACAUCUCCAUGUUCAUCGUGGUGUUGAUACAGAUUUGUGGAAGGAACGGGAAGAAGAGCAACCGGAACAUGAGGGAGGAGAUCCUGCGUAAUCUGCGGAGCGUCACCAGCCUGACCUUCCUUUUGGGGAUGACGUGGGGCUUUGCAUUCUUUGCCUGGGGCCCGGUGAAUCUCAUCUUCAUGUACCUCUUCGCAAUCUUCAACUCUUUGCAAGGCUUCUUCAUCUUCGUCUUCCACUGUGCUCUGAAGGAAAAUGUGCAGAAGCAAUGGAGAAGGUACCUUUGCUGUGGUAGAUUCAGACUCCCAGAAAACUCAGAAUGGAGCCGAACAAUCACCAACAACACAAAGAAAGUGAGCUCCGACAACCUGGGCAAGUCCCUUUCCAGCAGCUCCAUCGGCUCCAGCUCCACCAGCUGGGCCAGCAAGUUCAAGCCCGGCUCCAGCCUCUUCAAAAGCAGCACCAAGGCCGGUGGCCUCUUAGCAGCUGUGACCUCAUCAAAAUUCGGCCACUUGGACGCCUGCCAGGAGCCUGUUGUUCCCGUUCACAAUGUCCUGGACAAGGUGACCAGUUUCUACCCGACCCACUCUGACAACUUCUACAAGAACAUCAUGAUGUCUGAUAAUUUCAGCCACAGCACCAAGUUCUGACGCCUCACGCCCGCUGGUAGGGACGUUCUGGAACGAGGCGGAGGGGAGUCUUAUGAAAGUGCCGGCCAUUCUGAUACAGGACAGAGGAAGGGUGUGGUGGGUUGGGGGAAUGGUCGCUGGUUGGGGGAGGGAGUGAAUGAAAGACCAGAGAUUUAAUCGUAGAGUUCAGGUGACUUUGUCCUGGUCAGUUGGCUAAUGGACAUCAGCUAAACUCUGCAGAUUAUCACCUUCUAUCCACUCUCUUUCACCAACAUCCCCAUUGCAGUGGGCCAUUUCCUGCCCUCAGAGAGGGCAGGGAUAAGAGAUUGACCUGGGUGCAAAUCAGCCAGAUCCAGCAGUGGAAUGAGUCCUCCUCCCACCCAUGAACGCAGCCCAGCUCCACCGACUUCCUCCUACCCUUGAGAAGUUGACAGAAGGUGGAAGCUUUGGGCCAGUGACACUUGUGGAGUGCAUGGGAUGGAGAGGGCUUCAAUGACGUUACACUGGGGUUGUCUUGGUGUCGUUUGCCGUGGGAACCUCCCUCGGCGGGAGAGGUUGCCCCUUUGCUCGCUGUACCUGCCCGACACAGGCACGAGAGUCCCCCUGAAUGGGGGGAGGGGUGCCUCAUCCCUGUGGGGACAGAAUCCACUAAUAAAGGCCCAGGAUUGGAGGGAAGAUGGGCCAGGCCACUAAACUAGAGCAUACAGAGGCCUUUAGCUUGUACAUCCCAUCCAGUGUGUACAUUCCAUUAGCAACAUCAUAAGACUUUAAGACAUAGGCACAGGAGUAGGCCAUUCGGUCCAUCAAGUCUGCUCCACCAUUCCAUCAUGGCUGAUUCAUUCUCCCUCUCAAUAUCACUCUUCUGCCUUCUUCCCAUAACCCUUGACGCCCAUAUUAAUCAAGAACCUAUCAACCUCCGCUUUAAAUAUACCCAAUGAUUUGGCCUCCACAGCUGUCUGUAGCAAUAAAUUCCACAGAUUCACCACCCUCUGGCUAAAGAAAUUCCUCCUCAUCUCUGUUCUAAAGGGACGUCCCUGUACUCUAAGACUGUGCCCGCUAGUCUAUUUAUUAAACAUGUUUUUGUUCGACACGACCGGAAGUAUAAAAAGGACUUUGUCACGGAUGGGUUAUGGAAAUCAGGGAAUGGUUCUGACUCAGACUGAGUCCUUCAGCCCACUGAAUCCAUACUGGCUCCAUCAGCCUCGUAGUCCUUUCCUGGAGAUGAUCUUCCCUCAUAAUUCCACCUGAAUCACUCUCAAAUGCCCUGAUUUAUCUUGUUUCCCACCACCCUCCAGGCAGCCAGCCCCAGAUCAGCUGUUAUCUGGCCAGAGCUAUUUUCCUUCACAUUCCCCCUUGUGGCUUGUUCCACUGAAGUUGGAUGGGACUACAACCAGAGAUCAUGGGUUAAGGGUGAAAGGUGAAAAGUUGAAGGGGAACAUGAGGAGACACUUCUUCGCUCAGAGCGUUGUGAGAGUGUGGAGUGAAAGGCCAACACAAGUGGUGAUGCAAGCUCGAUUGCAAUGUCUGAGAAGUUUGGGGAGGUACAUCUAGGUGGGUGUAUGGAGGGCUAUGGUCCCAGUGCAAUUUGUUGGGAGUAGCCAGCGUAAAUGAUUUGGCAUGGACUAGAUGGGCUGAAGGGCCUGUUUCUGUGCUGUACUUUUCUAUGACUCUAUGACAUUAUGUGUCUUUAUCAGAUACAUACAGUACAGUAAACAAGAUCAAUGAAAAAUUUCACUGAAUUCUCUAACUUCCGGUCCCAUUCUUUCUCCUCCUGAUCUUCCCAGUUCCUCCUACACCCACCCCAGUCCCCUUCUAAUAUUUAUUCCCCUCCUUAGUUGCUGCCUGCUGAGCUCCUCCAACAUGGUAGCGUAGUGGCUAGCACAAAGCCUUACAGUACAGGUGACGAGGGUUCAAUUCCCACUGCUGCCUGUACGUUUUCCCCAUGACUGCGCGGGUUUCCUCCGGGUGCUCCGGUUUCCUCCCACCGAUGAUGUACCAGUUAGUCGGGGGGAGGGUGUUUGGCAGCCAGGCUCGAAGGGCAAGCAGGGCCCAUGCCAUGCUGCAUCUCAAUAAAGCAAAUUAUGUGUCUCUCUCUCAUCCAUCAGUUCCACCCACUACCACUGCCCAUCACCCAUACGUUCCUCCUACUGGGUCCCUACCCUCUGCCCUCCACAACUCCCUCAUAUAACAUACAACAGAGAACUGUACACCACUGGAACAAGGCCUUCGGCCUACGAUAUUGCACCGAACCAGCUAAAAAGGAAGUCAAAAGCACACAGACACUUAUCCCUCCUACCUACACCAUGUCUAUAUCUGUCCAUCUUCCUCACAUCCAUGAGCCCAACUAAACCUCUAUUUAAAGCCUCUAAUGUAUUUGCCUAAGUGUUGGCGUGUGGCCAAGUGGUUAAGGUGUCGGUCUAGUGAUCUGAAGGUCGUUAGUUCGAGCCUCGGCUGAGGCAGAGUGUUGUGUCCUUGAGCAAGGCACUUAACCACACACUGCUCUGCGACGACACUGGUGCCAAGCAGUAUCGGCCCUAAUGCCCUUCCCUUGGACAACAUCAGUGGCAUGGAGAGGGGAGAUUGCAGCAUGGGCAGCUGCGGGUCUUCCAUACAACCUUGCCCAGGCCUGCGCCCUGGAAACCUUCCAAGGCGCAAAUCCAUGGUCUCACGAGACUAACAGAUGCCUAUUUUAUUUGCCUCUACCAACGCAUUCCAGGCAUCUACCACUCUCCGAGUAAAAAUUUACCCCUCACAUCCCCCUUGAAUCGACCCUCUCUCACCUUCAAUGCGUGCCCUUAUUUCAACCCUGGGAAACAGGUUCUCCCAGGUUACUCUAUCUCUGCAUCUCAUAAUCUUAUAAACCUCUAUCAGAUCUCCCCUCAGUCUCUGCUGUUCCAAAGAAAAUGACCCAAAUUUCCUACCAUGAAAUUCCAAAUUUACCCAGCCUCUUAUGAUAGCAUGUGCCCUCUCAACCAGGCAGCAUCAUGAUAAACCUCCUCUGCAACCUCUCCUUACCCCCAACAUCCUUUGUAUAGAGGGGCAACCAGAACUGAACGCCAUACUCCAGAUGUGGCCUAGCUAGGUCCUUGUAAAGCUGCAACAUUGUCCCUCCCAUAAGUCUUCCUCUCCUAUAAGAUUCCUCCAUCUUCAGCUUUUUAUGGAGAUGAUAAUUAGCUCUAUUUGUCCCUUGUGCACUGAAACUGUGAAACGUGCAGUGAAAUGCGUCAUCUCUUCAACAAACAGCACAGUCUGAGAUGUGCUGGGAGCAGUCCGCAAGUGUUGCUUGUGGCACUUUUUUUUCAAAAUAGCCCUUUGUUCAGACUCAGAACUCAACUCAGAUUCACAUUCCCCAGUACGACUAUCUUACCGCAGGAGAAUUGUGUCCUUGAUUGCGACGACGACCAAUCAAUGACAGUCAGCCUGGGACUGGUUUCAGCAGACCACUAGGCGUGGAUUGUUUUGGCUGGCCGCAACAGAAUCGAACCCCAGUCACUGGCAGUUAAGUGCUGGAGCCACAGGCAGAAGCCGAGGGCUUCACAAGAUUAGUGCGUGACGGCGGAGAGGUGGCUGCUUGGGAAGAGUGACACAGCAUGGGGGGGCUCAGUAGUGUAGCGAGUGAACCUGCUGCCUCACACAUCCAGAGUACUAACAUAACCUGUAGGUCUUUGGAAUGUGGGAGGAAGCUGCUCACGUGGUCACAGGGAAGAACAUACAAUGUCCUGUGAAAACUGAACACAAGUCACUGUCACUAUAAAGCAUGUCACUCUCAGCGUUUUCAGACUACACAUAAAGUCACUACAGCACAGAAUCAGACCUUUCAGCCCAUCUAGUCUGUACUAGCCUACUAAUCUGGACCUGCACCCAGACCGUAGCCCUCUGUACCCCUCCCAUUCAUGUACCUAUCUGAAUUUUUGUUAAGUGUUGAAAUCUUACCCCCACUUCUGCUGGCAGCUCAUUCCACACUCUCACCGCCCUCUGAAUGGAGAAGUUGCCCUUAAAUAUUUCACCAUUCACCCUUAACCCAUGACCUCUAGAUCUCGUCUCACCCAAGACCAGUGGAAAAAGCCUGCUUGCACAUUGAUCCACAGCCCCGCUCAUAAACAAUUAUUAAAUUGAGAGCAGCUGGUUGUUAGUAACUAACUGUUUCUUGGAACCCACUGUACCCAAAUAAAACAAUUAGACAACAAAGUCAGUGCCUUGGCUGUGAAGCACUUCGGAAUGCUACAGGUAGUCCUUCGUCUCAGUGGGCCCAUGUUGCUACAGUCACCCCUUUUCCUGUGAUUACCCCUCCCAUCAGUUUAAAAAAGAGAAAAUACCUUGAAACUGUGACUAAAAUUUGCGAACACAUUUGUUCCGAGUUACCCGCUCUCUUUGACCUGCAAUGCCAUCAUCCACCCAGUGGUGAACUGGGAGCUGGUGGUGUGCCUCCUCACCCCACUCGCCAUACACUCACUACUGCCACCUCUUGGAGGCAGGAUGGUAUUGCAGGUCCUCUCUGAAUACCACCUGAAAGUUACACCCAGGAGAUCAGGAAUGCUGAGCUUCCAGUCUGGCACAGAAAGACGGCCAAUGUAUUAGCUCUCACUCUGGUACGUGUGUCAGACACCAUUAUGAGUCAAUACACAAAAUGAUUGUCAGUCAGCACUACGUGCGUAAUGACAAUGAACUUGAAGUAAAUUGGGAUGCAGCAUUGUCCGACAUGGUUGGACACGAGAUUACAGCGCGGUUAACGCUGGCUUUCUGUGUUGCCUUCCGUUCAUGCCUGAAAGACUGCUGAUUGAGACAUAUUUGCGAAAGCUGACAUCUAGUGGAACACCCUGGGGUGAUUUCUGUGACAUGGCAUAUCAAAUACAAAUCUCCCAGCCCGUUCCUUCAUGUCAGCUCACUGAUAAAACUUGCUUUGACAUGCCUACAAGUGCACAUGUGACACUUAAAUGCACCUCCUCUGUAAGAACGGGGCAAGGCAGAUCCACUGCCUUGACAUUCCCGGUCACAGGCGCCAAGUGUACUUUGCAGAAGCAAUUACAAUACCUCACUUUACCCCCUUUUCCAUUCUAAUGCUACAAAAACACAUUUUUCUCUUAUAUGUGCUGUGAAUUUGAUUGUUUUUAGACCAUAAGACACAGGAGCAGAAUGAGGCCAUUCGGCCCACUGAGGCUGCUCUGCCAUUUCAUCAUGGCUGAUUUAUUAUCCCUCUCGACCCUAUUCUCUAACAUAUUUAUUUAGAAAAUAAUUAUGUUGGAAAUACAUGAACUUAGCAGCCCAAAAAUUUUUCAUUUCGCAAACUAGUCUUGUUGCAGAUAUUAAUUUGACAAUCAUUGUGUUAGCUGAAUGUUUUGUUAAGUUUAGACAUUACUACUGUGUAGUACAGUGCAUUUAUAUUUUUUUUAUAUGAUGUUGUGUUUUUCCCACGUUACGUCUUUCCUCCACACCCUUGCCUUCUAUCUGCUGAUGGUAAUCUGGUUACUCCUGUAAAUAUUUAUUUAUUGCAGUCUUCUGUGUCUUCCGUCGGCUAGUUGUGGUUUCCCUUCUGAUGUAUUUCAGAUUCAGUGAAAGCAUUUGCCUUUGUGCAGAUCCCAUUUGUCAUUGUAAAAGUGCAAAUAAACACAAGCUUUGGA